AUGUCAACUCACUUUCUUAUACAAUCCGAGGUUAUGACACUAUCUACAAUGCAUUUACCCGACAUACAUCAAACAGGACUUGGUAUCAUGCAAAUAAAUAAAGAAAGCACUUUGCCGGUUAUUGGAGCAGCUAAACGUCGUCCAAUCCAGAAAGGCGUCAAUAACAUCAAAGAUAUAAGCGAAAAACAUUUAAGGCCUUCUCUAAAUCCACAAUGUCAAAUGUGUCAUUUUGAACAUUUUGACUGGAAACCACCGUCAAAAAAGACAAUUUCUGGUCAGACCCUCCUAAAACGUGCUAUUAGUUCUCAAAUGAUACAACUUCCCGAGGUACAUACAAUUUCUGUGGGACCGCAAUCCCAGUCGAUAGAGAAUCCGGUACCUGAUCGUAUAAAUAAAACACCAACAGUUACGUUAUUUGCACAAAAAAACGUUGAUCGCGAACCGUCACCUCGAAAACAUUCUGCUCCAAAAGUCGACCCUGAAGCUGGGAUCACGCUGCCUCGAAAUGGAGCAAUACAAACUGAUGAGCACUCUGGCUCCUCACAGAAAAAAAGCAUAACAACACUGAUGACAUUAAAUCUCCAUACGUUAAACGAAGAUUUAAAACGUGAAACAGAUGAUACUACAUCAAUUAUAUCCGAUUUGUUUUAUGGUGAGUUACAAUUAACAGUUGUAUGUUUAAAUUUAAACUGUAACGAACUACUAAAAACGUAUGAUUCAAUAAGCUUUCUUACACUACCUUUACCAUCUAACGGAGGAAAAAUAAUUACACUGGAAGAUUGUAUUCAUUCAUUAACUGAAGAAGAACUAUUAGGCGAAAAUGGUCAGUGGUUUUGUUCAUUUUGUAAUCAACUUGUUGAUGCCAAGAAGAAAAUUGGUUUAUGGAAAUUACCAAAAAUAUUAAUUAUUCAGCUGAAACGUUUUAAUUAUGACCUUCAAUCGAAUGAUAAAAUUGAUACCUACGUUAAAUAUCCUUUGCAUAAUUUAGAUUUGUUACAAGUUAUUGUCAAUCCUGAAUAUGAUAGUAAAGACAGUAAAUAUGAUUUAAUUGCUGUAUCAAAUCAUUUCGGGAAUCUGGUUGAUGGACACUAUACAGCCUAUGCUAUAAACAAUUCUAGUGGACAAUGGUAUAAUUUUAAUGAUUCUCAAGUAACAAAGAUAGACAAAGGACAAGUUAUAACUAAAAAUGCAUAUGUUUUGAUUUGUAGGCUUCAGGCAAAAGAGACAGAUAUAUUAGACGGUACUUAG